AUGGAGGGAACAAACAAGGUAGACGCAAAGAAGGUGCAGGAGCAGGAUGUCGAGCACCAAGUCGUGUAUUGGGAAACGAGCUGUUUGGGCAAAGACGAUAUUCUACAGCUCGAACAUACCGAUCCCAUCCUAAAUGCUAAAAUGCAUCUCGUGAACAAUGCGAUUGACCAAAUUGGCUUCACUGGAUACCAUUGGAAGUUAUUUGUCCUGAACGGCUUUGGGUACGCAGUCGACUCCCUCAUCCUCCUUAUCCAAUCCAUCAUCGCCGGUCAAGCCGCCCUCGAAUUCCAUCCCUCGUACCACAAUGGACUUACCAUUGCCGCCUAUGUCGGUAUGCUCACAGGUGCACUCUUCUGGGGUUUGACUGCCGAUAUCAUGGGCCGUAAGAUAGCUUUCAACGUCAGUCUUAUCAUCUGCUCAGUGUUUGCGAUUGUAGCUGGCGCAAGUCCAAAUUGGGAGGUGCUGGGGUUAUUUGUGUGCUUGAGUGCUUUUGGAGGUGGAGGUAACCUGGUAUUGGAUACUGCAGUUUUCUUGGAGUACCUGCCGGGCUACAGGCAGUGGAUGCUCACGCUCAUGGCGGCCUGGUGGGGCAUCGGCCAGCUUAUAGCAGGUUUCCUUGCAUGGGGUUUCAUUCCAAACUACAGUUGCGCUAAUCCUUCCGUCGAUGCCAGCGCUGCUCCUUGCACCAAGUCCAACAAUCAAGGUUGGCGUUACGUGUGGUACACUUCUGGUUCCCUCGUCUUGGUCAUGUCCAUUCUUCGCGUCACAAUCAUACAGCUCAAGGAAACACCAAAAUUCCUCGUAGGCGAGGGUAGAGAUGCAGAGUGUGUGGAGACAUUACAAUUCAUCGCAAAGAAGUACAACCGCCCCUGUAGCCUCACGCUCGAACUCAUGCAGGAAUGCGGAACUGUAGAUCGCGCUCGAGGGGGGAAGAGCAAAUGGGGCUUCGGGGAGGUGGGUAUGCAUCUUCGCGGAUUGUAUGCGACCAAACGAAUCGGUAUCAGCACCACUCUCAUCUGGCUCUCCUGGACACUUAUCGGCCUUGCUUACCCGCUGUACAACGUUUUCCUGCCGGCUUAUCUCGCUUCUCGUGGAGCACAGUUUGGUCAGACUAGCGCAUAUAUCACAUGGCGCAACUACACGCUUGUGAACUUCAGCGGUAUUUGGGGUCCAGUAUUGGCGGGAUGGAUGUGCGGGACGAGACUGGGAAGGAAGUACACAAUGGUCAUCGGUGCGCUGGUGACGAUGGCAUUCUUCUUUGCGUAUACGCAGGUCAGGACUGCAACGCAGAAUGUUGCAUUCACGUGCAUCAUCAACUUCUGCCUCAACAUCUAUUACGGUACAUUGUAUGCGUACACGCCAGAAGUGUUACCCAGCGCGCACCGAGGAACAGGUAACGGAAUCGCCAUCGGGUGGAACCGUGUCAUGGGUAUCUUGAGUGCCGUCAUUGCUACGGUCGCCAACACUGGUACUCCGGUCCCGAUCUACAUUUGUGCAGCACUGUACAUCUUCAUGGCUGCCAUUGCGGUUGCCUUUCCGUUCGAACCGUAUGGGAAGAGAAGCUCAUGA